CUGCAAGGCACGACCGUGACCAUGACCAACCCACGUCGAACGUUCGUCGCCGGCGUCAGCUCUGGCCGUGUGUGUGUUCCUGGCCUGGAUCAUUCCACCCCCGGAUCCGGUUCACACUGAAGUCCCGCCGGCGCAUUCUGGUCUUGGGAGACGGCUUCAGCCUUGUCUCGCUUGUAGCUUCGCAUACCCCACCGAUUAUUAUACCACUGCUACCACCACGCAACGACCAUGAAACGACUGUUGUUAUUUUCACGUAUACCGCGCCCGCUACAACGACACCGCUACAUAGGGCUUGCCUCAUUCUCGAUCUUUCUCACUGCAUUCAUCUUGUCUCUACUAGUCGGCCUAUCGCUAACCAUCAUAAAGUCCAUAUACCUUAUUAAAAUUGCAGCUGUCAACUCCGUGGACCCUGUAUCGAAUGCCGCAACUUCACUCGUCUUCGGGGUAUGGGGUGUAUGUGGGCUAAGUGCGUCGGGCGCUAGCGAAUGCUACGGCCCUCAGCUCGGCUAUACCAUUCCUUCCGAUAUUUUGUCUCUCGUGGGACUAUCCCAGAGCGUAGCUACUAUCGCUGAGAAGUCUCUCCUCGUACUCCUGGUCCUGCAUCUUGUCUCAGCAGCAUUGUCGACGAUAGUCUUCGUCCUUUCCCUCUACCUGCACUCACAUGCUGUAGCUAUCAUCGCACUUAUCACGGCCAUUGUCACCGCGCUCGUGUCGAGCUUUGUAUUUGCGGUGGACGUGGUGUUGGUGGUACUCGUAAAGAGUCAUAUCGAUUCGCUCUUCCUUGGUGCCAACUUUGGUGUGGAGUUUGGAAAUGGUGUGUGGAUGGUACUGGUGGCGGUCGUGAUGACGUGGAUUGCGAUUGUCAUUCUCUCAGCCAGAGCAUGUUACUGCUUGGGAGUGAAGCCACCAUUUCCGGACGAUGAGUAACUCCGAAUGAGGAAUUCUAUGUACAACGUCCUGCAUUCGACUAUAUCCGCAGAUCGUACGACAUACCCAUAUCGAUACAGGACGAUAUGUCAUUUUGCACCAUGAUGGAUAUGGAGGUGGUU